AGACCUCUCUGCCACACCCGAUGGGCUCCUUCGCCUCGCUCACAAAUCCAGAACAGGAAACUUGGCCCUUUUCUCUCAGAAGAUGCUGAGCCCCUCUUGACAGUCCAAGGACGAAGACGACCCUUCUUCAGGGACUCCUUUCCCCCCCUCGCAAAGUUUUGAAGGUCUUCUUGUCCCACAGGAUUCAGCGGCUACAGUAGCAUUGCAAAGAUGUUCUCCAAGGCCUUUUUAGCCAUUCUGCUCUACUCAGCUGCGGUUCCCCUCCUUGCUCAAAAUGAUGUCGAUGUAUCUCGUACCUCAUCUACCUGUGAAGAUAAAACUGAUUGCCCAAUCAACGUGUACUUUGUGAUUGACACCUCAGAGAGCGUCGCUCUGCAGACAAUGCCCAUCCAGAGUCUGGUGGAUCACAUCAAGCUGUUUAUCCCUGAAUUCAUCGCUAGGCUAGAAAGCGAACUUUACCAGAACCAAGUGUCAAUCACUUGGCAAUUCGCAGGACUUCACUUUUCAGAUGUGGUGAAGAUUUACAGCGAAUUCACCAGCAGCAAGGACAUCUACUUAAAUCGGCUGACCAACAUUCAGUACAUUGGCAGAGGCACUUUUACAGACUGUGCUCUCUCUAACAUGACGGAACAGAUACUCAGUAAGGCGGCUCCGGGAGUGAAUUAUGCAGUUGUCAUCACCGAUGGUCAUGUGACGGGCAGCCCCUGUGGCGGGAUGAAGAUGCAGGCCGAAAGAGCGCGAGAUGCUGGGAUCAAGCUUUUUGCAGUAGCCCCAAGUCAGAACAUCUACGAAAGCGGGCUCCGAGAGAUUGCCAACUCCCCUCAUGAACUUUACCGUAACAGCUAUGCCACCACAAAGAAAGAUGCCAUCGAAAUUGACGUGGACACCAUCGAUAGGAUCAUCCAAGUUAUGAAACAUGAAGCCUACGGAGAGUGCUACAAAAUGCGCUGCCUAGAAAUUGAAGGCCCAGCUGGUCCCAAGGGCUUCCGAGGACAAAAGGGUGCAAAAGGUAACAUGGGAGCCCCCGGAGCUCCCGGUGUGAAAGGACGACAGGGUGAUCCAGGAAUUGAAGGACCGAUUGGACAUCCCGGUCCCAAGGGAAUUCAUGGGCUAAAAGGAGAAAAGGGUGAAUUUGGUGGAGACGGCCGAAAGGGGGCCGGUGGCUUAGCAGGAAGGAAUGGCACAGAUGGACAGAAGGGCAAGCUUGGACGUAUUGGAGCUCCUGGCUGUAAGGGCGACCCAGGGGACAGGGGUGCUGAUGGCUAUCCAGGAGAGGCGGGGGAUCAAGGAUCACCAGGAGAUGCAGGAGUCAAGGGUUAUCCUGGCCGACCAGGCCGUAGUGGACCACCAGGACCUCCUGGAGAAAGAGGAGGCAGGGGACCAAAAGGAACCAAUGGAGCCCCUGGUAGUCCUGGCAACAAGGGAGGCAAAGGCGGCCCUGGACCUGCUGGGCCAAAAGGAGAACCUGGCCGUCGAGGUGAUCCGGGCCCAAAGGGAACCCCUGCAGGUCCUGGAACUAAAGGAGAGAGGGGUGAUCCUGGUCCUGAAGGUCCCCGAGGGCUCGCAGGAGAAGUUGGAAGCAAAGGAGGAAGGGGGGAACGGGGGCUGCCUGGCCCACGAGGAUCACAAGGGAAUGUGGGAGAGCCGGGCAAACCUGGCUCUCGAGGGGAUUCUGGUGAUGCAGGUCCAAGAGGCGACUCAGGCCUUCCCGGACCAAAGGGAGACCGAGGAAGACCUGGCUUUAACUAUCCUGGCACCAGAGGACUCCCGGGUGAAAAGGGCGAGAAAGGUGUACAAGGAUUGGAGGGCGGAAGAGGCGACUUUGGACUAAAAGGCCCUCCAGGUUCAAAAGGCGAGAAAGGUGAACCUGCUGAUGCUGGACCAGAAGGUGAACCUGGACCCAGAGGACCUCCUGGUGAAUUGGGCCCUGAGGGAGGCCCCGGUUCUCCUGGAGAUCCCGGCCUAACGGAUUGUGAUGUGAUGACCUACAUCCGAGAGACCUGUGGCUGUUGCGACUGUGAGAAGGUCUGUGGCCCCUUGGACAUAGUCUUCAUCAUAGACAGCUCAGAGAGCAUCGGCUACACCAAUUUCUCCCUGGAGAAGAACUUUGUCAUCAACGUCGUGAGCAGGCUGGGUUCCAUUGCCAAAGAUCCCAAAUCGGAGACAGGGGCCCGGGUCGGGGUGGUACAGUACAGCCACGAGGGCACCUUCGAAGCCAUCCAGCUCAAUGACGAGCACAUCGACUCCCUCUCCAGCUUCAAGGAGGCGGUGAAGAGGCUUGAGUGGAUCGCAGGGGGCACCUGGACGCUCUCGGCGCUUCAGUUUGCCUACAACAAGCUCAUCAAGGAAAGCCGGCGGGAGAAAGCCCGGGUCUUCGCUGUGGUGGUGACCGAUGGGCGCCACGACCCCCGGGACAACGACUCCCACUUGCAGGCCCUCUGUGGCGGGGAUGUCACCGUCACCGCCAUCGGGAUUGGCGACAUGUUCCACAAGGCCCAGGAGGACGAGACCCUGACAUCCAUCGCCUGUGACAACGCCGGCAGAGUCCAGAAGAUGAAGCUGUUUACGGAGCUGGUGGCCGAAGAGUUCAUUGACAACAUGGAGCACGAACUCUGUCCAGAUCCUCAGAUUGUCUGUCCUGAAUUGCCCUGCCAAACAGAGCUCGCUGUUGCUCAGUGCACACAACGGCCCGUUGAUGUUGUCUUCCUCCUAGACGGCUCUGAAAGAAUUGGCGAGCUGAAUUUCCAGAGAGCCCACGACUUUGUGGAAAACGUGGCCCGUCGCCUCACGCUGGCCAGAAGCGACACCGAGAACAUGAACGCGCGCCUUGCCCUCCUACAGUACGGAAGCGAGAAUGAACACGUGAUAGUUUUCCCGUUAACGUACAACCUCACGGACAUCUCUGAUUCUAUAGCACAAAUCAAGUACUUGGACUCUUCUUCCAACCUGGGUUCUGCCAUCAUCUAUGCUGUCAACAACCUUGUCAUCAACCCCCGAGACAGGGCGAGGGGAGCCCGGCGCAAUGCAGAGCUCUCCUUCGUCUUCAUCACAGACGGCAUCACAGGCAACAAAAAUCUGGACGAGGCCAUCGACUCCAUGAAGAAGCAGAACGUCGUACCCACUGUGGUGGCCUUAGGCAGUGAUGUGGACAUGGAUGUCCUACUGAAGAUCGGUCUAGGGGACCGGGCGGCCAUUUUCCGGGAGAAGGACUAUGCUAGCCUCUCCCAGCCUGGUUUCUUUGACAGAUUCGUUAGGUGGAUCUGUUAGCUUCAGGGAAAUGCAGUCUCCCGCCAAGCACCACAGAUAUUAAUGUCCUUAAAUGUCCGCAAAGGAUUUAUUUUUAUAGCCAAAAACCUGUAGGCGUAUUUUAAAUUUCAUCAUGAUGAAAAGUCAUGCUUAUGGUGCUAAUUAAAACCAAGACAGAGAAAGGAGCCAGAACCCACCCAGUGUAAUUUUUGUCAUGUGUUAAAAGCUUUAGUUCGUUUAAACAGUUUUCGUACUGUAAUCCUCUAAGUACUAAACAAAGAAAUGGCAAAGGAUUCGUAUUCAACACCAAGGUUGCUUCUGCUCUAGGAGCACGCUGAGUGUCUGCAAGCGGAAUUAAAUUGGCUCCACACAGCACGAUAGCACAUUCUGCUCUUCCCAAAAAUCCAGGCACACCCAUCUCCACAGGAAAGAGCCUACUGUAUGUUUACUCAGAAGUAAGUUCUAUUCAGCAGUUGCCCCGUGUCUGCCUGAAACUAUCCCUUUGCAUUUCGUUUCCUCUCUCUUGGUUGUUGUACAGUCGUUUCCACUUACCAGCUUCAUUUUUUAGUUAUUUCCCAUUAACUAGAAUUAGUUGUGGUAUUCCCAGGCCUCAGAUUCAGUGGGAGCUCACAGGAGUGCAGCUCCUGAAGCUUUCUGAGAGUUCCACCUCUUCCUUCUGAGAGUUCCACCUCCUUGUCCAUUGAAUAGUAGGUGCAGCUGCAUAACAAUUCCUGGAUGAGCUCCACCACCUAUUUUUCCUGAGUAUUCCUAAACUAAUUGUUAAUGUGCCUUUAAUUACUGCUUUGCCCUUUGUAGCCAAAACAAUUGUUUAUUUUUAAUUUUUUUUAAAAAAAUGUUUUCUUUUUGUGAAAAAUCAUUUUCUGAUUCUGCAGUCAUGUGUGUAUGUGUUUUUAAAAUUAACAGCUGCUUUGGCUUCAAAGAGAAGUCAUGGUUAAAACCCCUCCCCCCAAAAAACUGAUUAAAGAACAGUUCAGGAAUACUUUAGCUACUCAGGUGAACAGGAAGUGGACAAUGAUAUAUAAAGCAGAGAGGGAAGAACCAAAUUUUAAAGGGACAGUAACCUCUGGAUGCCUUCAUAGCAUUUUGCCCAUCAGUGGUACUUGUAUUUGUGUUUUCAGUUUUUCAAAAAAUACCACCCCAAUCAGGUCUUAAAUAAAGUCACCAAAAAUGCAGAAAUCACUGCAAUGCAAGGGGUUAGCAAUGAAGCCAUAUGAAUUCUCCACAGAAACGGCAUGUGUGUAUUGUGCCCCUUUCAAGUUAAACAGUUAGAACAGACAUUAUCACAGAUAAAUCCUUUCUAGCUGCCAGUGGAUCUCUGUCCCUCAGUCCUAUCUAUUUCUGAAGUUCUACUCCUUUAUUGGCUGGCAGGGAUAAUUUAGUUUUUGCUCCGACCCAGGUGCUAAUGGCUCCCACCUUCCUGAGGAAUCCAAGGUGGACAUAGCAACAGAAAGUUUUGUUAGCAGCUGUGAGUGCUGGACUCUGGUCUGUGCCACUCAUCGCCACCUCGCCACCCUUCCUUUCGCACCAGUGGUUGCAGCUAAAAGAAGAGCAAGGUGCAAGGGAGAGCAGUUUAUCCCGCCUUUCUGAUCCCGACGCAUUUUGCGAUAAGCUUCGUCAGGAGAUCUCAAACAAAAACCUCCCUGGCUCGUAAACUGCUCUCCCUGUCACCUUGUGCUUCUUUUUUCCUACUACUGUUGUGGUGUUAUUUUCUUCCCAGUGGUUGCAGCCACAAACAGCUUUUGGCACAUGGUGGCACACAGGCCAUUCUUUGGCACAUGGUGGCACACAGGCCUUUCUUUGUAGCAGGAACUCCUCUGCAUAUUAGGCGUUCCCCCCCCCCGAUGUAGCCAAUCCUCCAAGAGCUUACAGGGCUCUUCUUACAGGGCCUACUGUAAGCUCCAUAAGGAUUGACUACUUCACCGGGGAGGGGCAGGGUGUAGUCUAAUAUGCAAAUGAGUUCCUGCUACAAAAAAAGCCCUGGUGGCACGUGCAUUAAAUGCACCUUGUUGGUUGGGCUGCAGCAAGCGAUGGAAGGGAAUCUUUCCCUAUGCAAAGGAAAUGGGUAAUGUGGUUGGCCUCGUAUGCUGGUGCUGUGGGGCUUCCGCUGCAGAUAACAGCACAAGGAUCAGGUGGGAUUGUCUUCCAGCUGCCCCUGUGACUUCACCACCACAAUGCGGUUUCCCUUUCUGCAACUGUCUCCCUUAAGAAUCUGGAAGUUCCUUUAUUAUUUGCUUCAGGCUCUUGUUUUCCAUUCCCCAAUCACAACACUGUUAGUUUGGAUUUGAACUGGGCCACAGGCAGAUUUUCUGAUUGGAGCUUUUUGCUCACAUCCCAUGCAGUGCCUUUAAAACGUAUGCAAUCAACCUGUGGAAAAUAGAUCUCCCCCUUCUGUCUGCUCCCAGCCGUUCCCUCCUGUUAAUCGCCACUCACUCCUCCUCUGGAACGUGGUGUGGAGCAUCAGGUCAGGCAAGGCGCAAGACCAUGUCUGUUGAUGUGUGCAAGGAAACUGCAAACUGUUGUGUAUUCUUGGGAUUGCUGUUUCUGGAACAACAUCCUGACUUGAGCCAAAAUUGCACUCUCGUUAAAUAAAUUCCUUUUUUUCACACUACCUUAAAAA